CCCUUGUAAUUUCUCUGCUUGCAGAUGUUUGUAAACUAAAACUGAUACUGACACUCAACGUGCACCCUAUAUAAACACAUUCCUUCCAAGUUUCAAACACUCAGCUUAAGCAAUAAGCAACACCUUAAUUUUAAAAAAAAAAAAAAUUUCCUUUUAGCCAAUCUCUCUGUCUCUCCAUCGUCCCUUUUAUGGCAACUCUCCUUCUCUUCCUCUCCCUCCUCCUCCCUCUCUGCCUUCGCUUCGCAAGUUCAGAGCCGUUUAUUGGAGUGAACUAUGGGCAAGUAGCUGACAACUUGCCGCCGCCAUUAGCCACUGCGAAACUUCUACAAUCCACGCUGAUAGAAAAGGUUAGGCUAUACGGGGCGGAUCCUGCGAUCAUCAAAGCUUUAGCCAACACCGGAAUUGGAAUCGUUAUUGGAGCUGCUAAUGGAGAUAUUCCAGCUUUGGCCUCUGAUCCUAACUCAGCUGCUCAGUGGGUUAACUCCAAUGUUUUGCCUUUUUACCCUGCUAGCAAGAUCAUUCUUAUCACUGUUGGCAAUGAGGUUUUGUCUACAAAUGACCCGAACCUGAUAAACCAGCUUCUGCCGGCAAUGUUAAAUGUCCAAAAUGCACUUAACGCGGCCUCACUUGGUGGAAAGAUCAAGGUCUCAACGGUUCAUUCAAUGGCAGUGUUGGGUCAGUCCGACCCACCAUCUUCUGGGUUGUUUCGCCCGAGUUAUCAACCGGCAUUGAAGGGCUUGCUUCAGUUUCAGAAGGACAAUGGGUCCCCUUUUGCUAUUAAUCCAUACCCAUUUUUCGCUUAUCAAAGUGACUCAAGACCUGAAACGCUUGCCUUCUGCUUGUUUCAACCUAACGCGGGACGAGUUGACUCGGGAAACGGGAUCAAGUACACGAACAUGUUCGAUGCCCAGGUGGAUGCGGUGCAUUCUGCCUUGAGUGCUAUGGGGUUCAAGGAUGUUGAGAUUAUGGUUGCUGAGACAGGAUGGCCAUAUAGCGGGGACAGUAAUGAAGUUGGACCUGGCAUCGAGAAUGCAAAAGCCUAUAAUGGGAAUUUGGUUGCACAUCUGAGAUCAAUGGUUGGGACUGCAUUGAUGCCUGGAAAAUCUGUGGAUACAUACCUCUUUGCACUCUAUGAUGAGGACUUGAAGCCAGGCCCUGGUUCUGAACGGGCAUUUGGACUUUUCAGGCCUGACCUUUCAAUGACAUAUGAUGCUGGGAUUUCAAAGAGUAGUCAGACUCCAGUGAAUCCUCAACCAAAACCAAAUGCGACAGGUUGGUGUGUGCCAAAGACUGGUAUUUCUGAUGCUCAAUUGCAGUCAAAUCUAGACUAUGCUUGUGGCCAAGGCAUUGACUGCAGUCCAAUCCAACCAGGAGGUGCCUGUUUUGAACCAAAUACUGUAGCAUCGCAUGCUGCUUAUGCCAUGAACCUUUACUACCAGACUUCUGCCAAGAAUCCAUCGAAUUGUGAUUUCUCACAGACGGCAACACUAACAUCACAAAAUCCUGGUUACAAUAAUUGCAUCUACCCUGGUGGGAGCACUUGAAAAGGCAGAUGAAUUUGAUUUGAAAUUGAACAAAGAAUAUGAGUCGUUAAAUAAAGGGUGUGGGCCAUCUGUCCCUUCUUGUGGGUCUUAUUUAAAAGUUUUAACUGUAAAGUUAUUCUCCUUUGAUCUGGAUGCUUUAGUCUGGCUUUUUUCUUUUGAUCUAAUAAAUUUAAGGGUGGAAAAAACUGUGGAAAAAGUACAAUUAUGUUGAUGAAAUUUUAGUGGUUAAAAAUGGGGUCCUCUUUCUUGCAUGUCUCUGCAUCAUGGUUCUUUAAGCAUCCAAUCAUAUAUAAAUGUAUUAUAGUCAAUGAUUGUGGCGUCUUCCAUGCCCAAACUGAAGAUUAAUUUCAAGUUUGAGCUGAUUUCCCUUAAUUGUAUUGUUCUGAUAUUUCAAAUUCUAACAUGAUCAUGGAGGUAUGCUCCAUUCCUUGGUCAAAAUC